AUGCGAGGUGUUAUCAUGCUAUAUAGCACUGUAACAUCAGCUGACACAAAUUCAUCAUCCACUUCCACUUCGACUGAUACAUACUUGACUUAUUUACAACGAUUAUUUACAUAUGAUACUGAACGUUUAUAUCGUGAAACAGAACAUUUACAUAAUGAAAAAGCACAAUUUGAAAACGGUAUGUUAACAUUAACAUUUGAUCAACAAAUUGGAUCCUGA